AUGUUCACUAGAAACAAAAUAAGAGGUGGUUGUGGCACAGACAUAACACCGCUAAUAAAUGACUUGCUAGGAGUAGCAAAAAAGGGUGGCUUAAUCAAAAAGUAUCUGAAAGGAGCUAUUAAUAUUACUAAUGAAGAUGAAGAAGGCAAUAAUGUUCUACACAUUAUUGCUUCGAUGCCUAGAAAAGAGAAAAUUACAUGGCUGAAUAUUAUACUUAAAGUUGGGAUAUCUAAAGAUCAACUUAAAAAAGCAAUCAAUGCUAAAAAUAGGGAUGGAUUAACCCCUAUGCAAAAAGCAUUACAUGCGAAGAUAAACAAAAAAAGUCAUUAUCACAGUACAAUUUCCAGUAGUGAUAACACGUUUAGAUUUAUUGUAUUGUUAUUAAACAAUGGAGCUAAAACUGAUCAUCUGCAAUUAUCUGAAGAAUACUUAGCAGCUCUGUCUAAAUCUCAAGAAAACUAUCGUAUUAAUUUUUUAACAAAACUAACUAGCAAAAAGAUUAAACAAGUAAAUACUAAUAUAACACACUGUGAUAGUGGCUUUGAAAGUUGUCCUGAUGACGCUGAUACAAGGACUUCAACACAUCAAACAAAGAAAACAGAGCCUGUAUUAGCAGAAAAUAACAGUGAAAAUCCAUAUGCAACAAUACAGAACAGCAGUAAAACAAAAGAUGACUUUAACAGUUCAUUAAAAUCAGUCAAAGAAAAAAACUUAGCAAAUUUCGAAAAAUACUUGGAAAAAAUUUGCGUUACCACCACAGACACAGAAGUCAAUAAUAUUUUACAUCUGAUUGCUUCAAUGCCUCGCAAAAAGAAAAUUACACGGUUGAAUCUUAUACUUAAAACUGAGAUACCCAAAGAUCAACUCGCAAAAGCAAUAAAUACUGAGAACAAGAAUGGGUUAACUCCUAUGCAGGUAGCAUUAAGUACUAAAAUAAACAAGGAAAGUCACCAUCAUAAUGCAAUUACCGAUAGCGAUAAUACACUUGAAUUUAUUAUAAAGUUAUUAAAAAAUGGAGCUAAUCCUAGUCAUUUACAAUUAUCUGAAGCACUGUCUAAAUCUAGACGAAACUAUUAUUAUUAUUUUUUAAAAAAACUAGCUCUAUCUAGUAAAGAUAAGAUUAGACAAACUAUUGAUCAUAUUAUUUAUGGUCGAUAUCCAUUACACCUAGCAGUUCUUAAGGAAGAUCAAGAUAUGUUUAGUAAUCUCCUUUUACAAGAUUCCUCUGUCACCAAUAUAGACAAAGAAAGUAAUAACAAAGAUUAUUCUAUUACCGAUAUAAAUGAAGAAGGUAAUAACAUUUUGCAUCUCAUUGCUUUAAUGCCCAAUAAAGCGAAAAUUACAUGGUUGAAUCUUAUAUCUAAAGAUGUAUCAUUUAAUAAUCAACUCACAGAAGCAAUAAAUGCUACAAACAAGAAAGGGUACACUCCUAUACAAGUAGCAAUAGUGAAAAAAAUAACUAAAGAUGCUCACAGAGCAUUUACAAUAUUUGACAAUACUGUAAAUUUUUGUAUAAGAUUAUUAAAACACCCUGCGUUAAACAAUGAAACCAAAUCUGAGGAUUAUCGUCGUCAUUUUGUAUUACAUGGAAAAUAUAGUAGGGAUAGAUAUAUUAAAUUUUUACAAAAAUUAAUCAAAGAUGAAAGAAUAAAUGCAGGUCAUGCAAAAGACAGUUUAGAUGACAUUCUGAAAGAACAAAUAGCUCAACAUCAAGAAAAUAAAAAAUUAAACAAGGAUAUUAAAAAUGCUAGGAAUAAUUGCUGGAUCAAAACGAAAAAGUGCGGGAAAGUUAUACUCGAUUUUAUUAAUCCAAACAAAACAGUAGAUAGAAUGACCAAAUUAGCGAUAGCUGCCCUCGCUGUUAUUGCUGCUUUUUUUACAUUUAUAAUAAUAGCAUUUGCUGCAAUUAAUGGUCAGCUUCCUAUAGCGGCAGCAGUACCUAUAAUGUUAGUAUUUGUAGUUACUCCUACAGUCAUAAAAUAUUUCCAAAUCAAUAAUGAAUUAGAAAAAAUUGAUAACUCUGCUAAAAAUGAAAAGCCUAAUAGCAGGGUGAAUGAUGCGCUCACUCGAGCCUUCAAGAAUGGUAUUAGAGUUCUCAAUUAA